UGUAUCCCGUUGCAUUGUGGGGAGUGUGGUUCCGGUAAGGAGCGGUGGCCUAAACCGUGUGAACUACAUCUCCCAUCACGCCCUGCGUCUACGCUCGAGCUGACAGACUCCCGGGACCCAGUCUCACUUCGCAUUUGAUUCUAAGAGAAACUAGACAUGCGGGAUAAACAGAAGAGAAGAGCUCGGGAGCGCACGUGGAGAGAGGCCGCAAGAGAGGUUCUGGAGAAUUACUCGGAUGCUCCCAUGACCCCAAAGCAGAUUCUUAAUGUUAUUGAGGCGGAGGGGCUGAAAGACAUCAGCGGAUCAUCCUCCUUGGCUUGUCUGAACACCAUGCUACAUUCAAACUCCAGAACCAGAGAAGCACUUUUCUACAAACUUCCAGGAUGCAUCAACCUCUUUACUAUGAAGAAAAAUGCUCUGCAAUGGAAUCGUGUUGUGACUCUGCCUGAGGCAAAUGAUACAGAGGAUGAGAAAAACAGAAAGUUGAAUGAAGACACUGCAGUAAAGACUGUGAGCGCGGACGACACUUCCUGCAAUGCCUCUUGUUCCAGGGAGUUGCAGGGCGGAGAUUCCAGCUCUCUAGUACAGGUGAGAAAACAAAGGGCUGGGAUCCUUCUUCCACGUGUUGUGCUGACCCCUUUAAAAGUAAACGGAGCUCACUUACCUUCUACAUCAGGUAUGGCACAGCGUUCAGAAGCACAGACCAGCAGUCAUCGAACCCUUGGAAGCAGCCUGAAUUUUCACAGACGCCCUGUAUUGCGCAGAGACACAGCACAUCUUCUAAGGGAUAUAAAGAGUCCCGUAGCAGGACAAGUAAAGAAGAACAAGGAAGAAAAUAUUGAUAUUGAGACUCCGGGUUCUAUUCUUGUGAACACCAACCUCCGUGCACUCAUAAACUUAAGAACUUUCAAUGUCCUUCCCACAACUUUACAGCAGCAACUUCUGAUGCUUCUUCCAGAGGUGGACAGACAGGUCAAUCCUGAUGGACAACUGCGUAUGAGCAGCAGCGCCCUGAAUAAUGAGUUCUUUGCCCAUUCGUGCCUGAGGUGGCGUGAGCGACUAGCAGAUGGUGAGUUCACUCCUGAAAUGCAACUUCGAAUGAGGCAGGAAAUGGAUAAGGAAAAGAAAGUGGAACAAUGGAAAGAAAGUUUCUUUGAAGAUUUCUAUGGACAGAAGUUGGGACUCACUGAAGACCUAGAGUCAGAGGAUAAAAAGUCUGCAAGGUAUCUAUAUGAGAGUGAUCUACAAGCUGAUGAAGGAAGAAUUCUGGACACUCCUAACAAGGAUGUCUCCAUACCGGAGCCUCAAAGUCAAGCCCAGAGAAACCUACAAAACAAUGAAGAGAAUGACAAACUUGCACCUCCAGAUGCAGCAUCUGUCAACAAUACCCCUUUGUAUGUGCCUGUUAAGGUAGAGCUUGAGCAACCACUGCAAGAGAAAGAAAAGGCACAGAAAGAUGUUGUAUCUCUGUCCACAUCUGAGCGGGUUCCAGAGCUGCACCCAGAGAUUUCUGAGCAGAAGAGGAAGAACUACGAAAUGGAAACCUCCGGCCCCUCUGUCGAAAAGAAGCCACGGAUGGAGCAGCGUCAGUCCUUUCGUAACACAAUUCAGAGUGGUCACACAGAAAAGCCACGACCUACUAAAGAGGAACCCAAAGUCCCUCCAAUACGGAUCCAACUUUCAAGGAUCAAACCUCCCUGGCUGGAUAAAGGUUUGCCAGCUUACCAGAUCUGUUCCCGGAUCAUCCCAAGUGCUUAUACCACUGGGUGGUGGACUGCUUGCAACAAACCUGCGGACUGUUACAACAGUGGCAAUCACUCCCGACAAUCGGUUGGGAGAAGGAAGCUCUGGGGCAAUAAAAGGCGGAGCAGGCUUACUUACAGUUUCAGAAGCAGAUCCUCAAAGCGAACUCUUGAGCAGCAGACUUCAAAUUGCCACCGAACACAAUUAUUGUCGUCCGCUAUUGUAAGAAUGAAGGACAAGUCUUCUGUACCAUUUACAUGGAAUGAAAUCCAUUUGGCCUCUGGCAUAAACUGCAUACGUUUCAGUGAAACAAAAGGACAUUGCACAGCUGGAGAUAUAUCCUCUGAGACCUUGACAAUGUCCAGUAACACCAAAAUAUGUUAUAAUGCAGUGGCUCAACAAACUGACAAUAAGGAGCCCUCCCUGACUAAGUCGGAAAACAAGUUAAAUGGUCUCAUGGAAAACAGCUCUGAGACACUUGAGAAGGAGAGUUCUCCAUUACAAGUACCUGGUGGAGAGACUGCCAACAUACAAUGCUUUAAACAAGUUGCUCAUGUCAAUACAGCUAAUAACCUGACUUCUAUUCUUAGUGAUGUAUCAAAUAUUUUACAAAAUAGAUUGAAAAUGGAUAAAAUCAAUGAGGAAAAUGGAAGUAGUAAAAUCUUUAAAGAUAAAGUUGACAUUGUCUUCAACUCUGAAAGCCCUACAGUAAUCCUGUCUAAUGGUUUAACUACUGAACAUCCCACGCCAUCACUGAAACAUACGCAUUUAUCACUGAGCAUGCUUCCAGGAAGUCAAAAGGAACAGUGUACAGAGUGUGCUUUACAUUCCGGUGCUAUCGCUUUGACUGACUUUUGUGAUAGGAUAGAUUUCUGUGAACAGAAACCGCCCUCAAAUUCACAAGAAGGAAAUUAUUUUCUUUAUCCUCUACAAUGUGAUCCUACUGUAACUGAAUCUCUUGAAAAUUCACUAUUUGAUAAUCCUUUAUCAAAAUCUGUGGAACAUUCUGAUGGCAAGCUACUACAGAAAAUAAAUAGUUUCCUAGCACAAGACGGGACUGACUGCGGAGAAAGAUUUAUGAACAUUGGGAAAAAUCCACAUUUACCUAACAAUGACCUUCCUCACCAAGAAACCUCACAGAAUUCAUACAUCUUUUCACCAGCCCUCUGCAUCUCUCAGGCAGAAGAAACAGAUAGUAUUCCAAGUGUUUCCUCUUCUGUAAGAGAUGAGCAGAUCCAAUUAAAUGUAUCUUCAAACAACUCUUAUUCUGAUUAUGAAAGUGAUGUUGGAGCAUCAGUCAGGAUUGCAGAGACUACUAAAGAGCCGUGUGCCUACAGUGAGUGCUCUCCUGGUCUUCACGAUCCUGACAAAAUGAAAGAUUAUAAACAACUCUUUAAUGUACUGACAUUCAUAGGGGUGCUGGAGGGAAUUUAUUGGUCUUUUAGUAGGUUUGUUAAACAGGGAAAUGUCAAGGCAGAAUUACAUAUAGUGUUAUCUUUAUGUGAGAAUCCAAAGCCAGUUUUAUCUGGGAAGUUGUCAAAGUGGGCCCUAAAUAUGUUCUAUUACACCUGCAUUCAAGGGUCACCCCUAAAUCUAGCAGAUUCCCUUUCUGUACAAGGAUCUGGAGAGCAGAUUUCUCUAAGCUGCUCUUGCAGCAUGAAAGCCAUGACCACAUGUAAAGGGUGCUGGGAAUUCUGUCACAAUGACUGCAUUGGACCUUCAAAGCUUUGUGGGUUGUGCCUUGUCAUAAGAUAAUAUAUUUUAGUUGCAAAAAAACAGUAUAGUGCCCAGUAUUGCCCUGAUACAUGGGUAUGAAAUUGUAAAUAAGGAAUAUGCUUAAUUUGUUAAAAAUGUAACUGAAUUAUAAUUUCUUCUACCCUAAUCUUUCACUCGUUGUUGGGAGGGGGUAGCUGCUGUUUUGUGUUCCUGCCUUGCAUGUUCCUGUAGCAUGGCAGGGUCACGUUGUAGGGGGGGGGGGGGUUAUUGGAGAGAAGGGUGGGUUCUGAACAUCCUUUGUUUUGCAUGAACAGUAUUUUUGUAAAGUAAAGGAAGCCAGGUUGAAUAGAUCUAUACUUUUUGUUUUUGUAUAAAGUAAAAUAUUUUGCCGCCUGUAAGCACCUUCUGCAUUGCAAUGUUUUAUUCACGUAUUUAUUCUUGUAACCUGUACGGCCCAUUCUAUAAAUGUAUAUUCUGUAUAGAUGGCACUCCUGUGUUCAUCUUAUAAUCUGGGCUCCUGCUUUUUGUUUUAUGGUUCUCACUGUAGUAAAUAAAUGUAUUCCGCCUUCAGACCAA